AUGCAUCUUUCCUGGCCGACCUUCCUGCAAAAUGUCGGUAUUACCAACCGGACGAACCUUGCCAGACAAGACAUCAAAGAUUUGUCUGGUAAGACUGUUGAGGUCAUGAUGAAGACUCGAGGACUAUGCGAAGAUGCUUUCUCAAUUCAGAUCCGCAAGUUCAGCCCCAGGAAGAACGAGAACGACAAGGUCAACUAUGAGUGGGUAGGUCCCGGAGGGCCAACGAAUGUCAGAGUCACUGAUGUUCCACCCUAUGCUCUUGACGACAUCACUGCAACAGCCCGCGAGUUCAGAAGCUACAUGAAUCGGAAUGCACUCAAGAGUUGGGAAGACCAGAUCAAGAGAAAGGCCAUGGAUCCUCUGGUGCUUGAACACUACAAAGAAGCACUGGCUCAUUAUCAUCAACUUGAUGGUCCUAAUGAAGAACGCGAACUUCUAUUCAACCUCUUUGUGUUUCGAUUCGCCCUUCUCGCUUCGAAGUUGAUGGAGGAUGCUGGAAAGGAGGUGCUCGCAGGUCUUCAAAAGCUGUAUGGAAGAGCCAAGUCUGGCCCAUUUUUUACAGUUUACGUCGUAACAUUCUUGUUGCUCCAUGAACAGGCGAAAAUGAUUCAACAGCAAAGAUGGAAAGCAAGAGCUGUGUUUAGCGGCGUCGUGGAUCCGAACCAAGACAAUGCGAUCGGAGACUUCCGGUCGAAGAUGCGGAACAACGCGGAGAUUUUGCUGCUGCAUUGGCACUAUUACAGAAGAGCCCCAACUCAUCUGGCCGACGCAAAUGACACAGAGAAGGAUGAUUACGCUCACGACUACGUCAACAAGGGUUUCUUAAAUGAUAUCGAACCGGAGAAAAGGUCUCUAUAUCUCCACGCUCGCACUGAGCUCGCGAGCAAGGAUUCUUACAAUAAGAGAUUCCCAACGAGCUCUGUCGAAUGGAUCGAACAUGGCUUGUUCUGGCCAUCUGAGAUGUUUGCCAGUGAUUGGGUUCCGGAGUUGGAGCGGGAAAAGACUAUUCCCGCCGCGAUGGCGGGCAAGAGCUGGGAACAAGUUGCUUACACCCCCAGAACACCUCCAGCCGAGCCAAUGGCUAUUGAAAAUCUGGAAUUCAACCGCCAGAGAAAGAGAAGGAGAUGA